UGGGAUAUAAUCCUCCGCCGGUUGGUGGAGAAAGCGAAGCUGCUGCUGCUGCUUCUUCUUCUUCUUCUUCUUCUCGGCCGCCGCCUCCGAAGCGAAGGGUUCCAUAGUUAGCGAUCGUUAGAAUUCGAGAAGACGAGAGGGGGUCGAAUGCAAAGUAGACUUCCCCGGAGAGCACAAUCCGUGCCGUGCACGCUAUAAAUAGUAGACGCUUGUCUGUUGCCGUUCUCUUCUAUCGGGGGAAGAAGGGGGUUUCGUAACGUUCUCGGAACGCUAAUCUUGGCUGCGGGGACGGAGUGCGGUUGUGCUCGAUCUGCUUUUGGUUGCUUUGUUGCGGAUGCCCCCUCUCGAGCUCCGUAUUAGAUCUCACCCGAUCGGCUCCGUUGCAUUGAGCUAUGGCACCAGGUUCAGGUCUAGAGAACGAUAUCUUAUGAGAUACUAUUGCUCCAACACUGUGUUUGUGUUCUAAACAUCUGUUCUGAAUUCAUCCAGUAUUUGUGAUAAUAACAAAUAUCUUGAAACUUUGCUUGCAUAAAUAAAUGCUCAAGUCGGUCCCACAGCACACAGUCACGUCACCAAGGGGGUCCCUGCAUCAAUUUGUUCAUCAAAUGAGCCUCAAACAUUCUGUCAUGGAAGCUAGGCAGAAGAUGUCCUUAUCUGCCUUUCCUGAAAAAAGAGGCAAGGUAAAAUCUUUGCAGCAAUCGGAUGCUCAUGUGACCAGUGACCAUCCUUUGAAGCUUAAAGAACACAGAUUAGAUAUUGGAGAUGAAAAUUAUGAUUUGUUGGGAUAUGAAGUUUACUCUGGGAAACUUGUUCUAGAUAAUAAAAACAAAAGCACAACUGCUGAUGAACAAAUUGGAUCAAGGAUUGGAAACUCUGAUAGUAUUGAUGCAAAGCUUUCAAGCAAAGCCCUAGCUUGGGGUUCCCAUGUGCUACAUGUUGGCGAUGUCAUAUCAGUUUCAUAUACUGCUUGUUUCCGACAUUUUACUGUUCAUGCAUACCCUCUCAGAAGAAGAUCAUGUGGUCUUUCUUGUUUUGUGAAACCUCAAAGAUAUCAAAAAGAUUUUUGUUUUGUAGCAUCUAAUCCAGAGGAAGCCGUAAGGUGGGUCCAGAGCUUUGCAGAUCUCCAAUGCUACAUAAACUGCUCGCCGCAUCCAAUAGUGUCUUGCAAGAAGCAGUCUACAAAUGUAGUGGCAUCUGAGCCUCUGUAUGCCAUUCCAUAUAUAAAAUGCAAAAGUCAACCAAGGAUAUUAGUGAUUUUGAAUCCUCGUUCUGGGCAUGGUUGUUCAAGUAAAGUAUUCCAUAAUAAAGUUGAGCCAAUUUUUAAGCUUGCAGGCUUUGUAAUGGAAGUGGUUAAAACAGAAUAUGCUGGUCAUGCAAGAGAACUUGCUUCCACUGUAGAAAUCAGCACCUACCCUGAUGGAAUAGUAUGUGUUGGAGGAGAUGGCAUUGUGAAUGAGGUACUUAAUGGUCUUCUGAGCAGAGAUAACCAGAAGGAAGCACUUUCUAUUCCAAUUGGCAUCAUUCCUGCUGGUUCAGACAAUUCACUAGUCUGGACUAUUUUGGGGGUCAGGGAUCCUAUUUCUGCUGCAAUGGCUAUUGUAAAGGGUGGACUGACUUCUACUGAUGUUUUUGCUGUUGAAUGGAUUCAGAGUGGAGCUAUUCAUUAUGGGUCAACUGUUUCAUACUUUGGCUUUCUUAGUGAUGUUUUGGAACUCUCGGAGAAGUAUCAAAAGCGCUUUGGUCCAUUACGCUACUUUGUUGCCGGCUUUCUCAAAUUUCUGUGCUUGCCAAACUAUAGCUUUGAAUUGGAGUAUCUUCCCAUGUCGAAGAAAUCAGAAAACCCUGUGGAAGAGGUUUUUGAAGAUCAAGGCAGAGCUGAUAUGUCUGAGUUUUAUGCAGACAUAAUGCGCAGGUCAAGAAAAGAAGGAAUACCAAGGGUUUCAAGUUUAUCCAGUAUUGAUUCAUUGAUGUCUCCAAACAGAACACCUAUUGAAGAAAUAGACACUGGGGGUAGAACACCUGCUUGUAGUGAGCCAUCUGAUUAUGUUAGAGGAAUCGAUCCCAAAACGAAGCGCCUUUCCUCAGGAAAAGGCAACUUGGUGACUGAGCCAGAUGAAGUACUUCAUCCUCAACCUCAUCUUUCUACCAACUCUAACUGGCCAAGGACCAGGUCAAAGUCAAGGACAGAUAAAACCCGAGUUGACCUGAGUGGUGCAAAUGAUACAAGGGGCACGAGAGCAUCAGUGAUGCUGUAUGAUAAAGAAGAUAAUUCAUCCACAGUUUCAGAUCCUGGACCAGUCUGGGAUGCUGAACCAAGGUGGGGCACAGGACCAAAAUGGGAUGCAGAACCCAACUGGGAAGUUGCGAAUCCUGUUGAAUUGCUGGUGCCACCAGUUGAUAUUGAACUAGGAUCAACGAAGGAACUGGUCCCAAGCUUGGAGGACAAAUGGGUUGUCAAAAAGGGCAGAUUUCUAGGUGUUCUUGUGUGCAACCAUUCCUGCAAAACUGUUCAGAGUUUGAGUUCUCAGGUUGUGGCACCGAAAGCUAUACAUGACGACAACAGUCUAGACUUGUUGUUAGUUGGUGGAAGUGGGAGGUUAAGAUUAUUAAGAUUUCUCAUUUCUUUGCAGUUUGGUAAGCAUAUAGCCCUCCCCUAUGUGGACUACAUCAAGGUUAAGUCAGUGAAGAUUAAGCCUGGGACGGGCACUCACAACGGUUGCGGUAUCGAUGGGGAACUUCUUCGUGUUAAAGGACAGGUUAUGUGUUCUUUGCUUCCGACCCAAUGCAGACUCAUCGGCCGCCCCGCCGAAGAUUGUAAAUAACUCUAUAUCUUAAACUCUGAGAUCUGGAUUUCUAAGACGAAUUCUGACCUGCAAGCAUCGAGUCGAAGAAACAAACACUGUUCCUGAUGUUCAUAUGUGUGAGUGAUCUUUUCUUUCUAAAUCCCCGGAACUUUUGUUGUAUGCUUUCCUGUUGUAUUACGAGCAUAGCAUUCCCUCCCUCCCUCUCUCCCUCUCUUUCUUUUUCUUUUAUUUAUUUCAUUUUUUCUCGGUUUUUGUAUAAACAACUUAUUAUUAUCUGCUAAUAUCCAGAUGCUUCUGCUGAUUGCAUU